UUCCCACAGGUUUUUUUUAAUCUGUUUCCUUUGAUUCCAAGUGCUGUCACCAAACUUUGCUUUUAUAAAGCAAAGUUUUUAUAAAGCUUUUAUAAAGUGUUAUUUGUUAUAAACAAAUAACACUUGUUUAAUCUGCUCCUAUCUCUCCUAUGGACUUUUUUAAUGUCUACAGUCUCAGAUUAACACUGCCCUCCAGCACUAUCAGCAGCAGGAGCAACGGCAACAUUGUACCCAUCAGUUUCAAUCUGCUGGCACUGUUUUGGCGUCCGGAGGCGCGCUUGAGGGGGCGGGGAUUCCGACCCGCAUGAAUUUGCAUACACAUACAUCGUGCUGACCAAGCUGCCAUUUUUCUCUUUUUGCCUCUUUCAAUGGCUGCAUCAAGUUCAGGUGGACCCUCUAAACCGCAGGAGUUAGAGGCCCGUGUUAUAACAGCGGCACAAGAUAUAAUCAACAGGUUGGCUCAAAGUCUUCAGCAACCUAAUACCACAUGUAUACCAAAUGCUGAGCACUCUCACGAGCACUCAGGUGGACAAGCCCAGACCCCAAAAGAUACAGUGCAGACGGAGAUGGCAAGGUCAUUUCCAGGAUUUUUUACCAAAAAAAGGGGGAAAAAUCGCUUUUCCCCACUCCAAAGUAGUGCGCUGAGGCCUAAAUCCAGCAAGCCUUUCAGUGUAUAUAUAUAUUUAGUGAAUAAAGGCUGUACCAACACUCCUUCUGCUACUGAGGAGCUGCAGCUGAGCCAAGCAGGGCUGGGAAAGAGAUCCCUCAUCUUGACUGAUGAUAUGAGCCAUACAAGUAUUAAUAAAAUGAUCACGGAAGAAUAUCCCAAAAUGGAUGGAGUGCAAGCAUGGUUGUUGCAGAAGUCCUCAGGUGGUCAAGGUAGGAGGAAACUUGUAGCAAUUCCUCCUGAUGUAAAUGGCUACACAGGAAGACUGAUCCGCAACGUUUCCAGUGCAGGAAAGACCCUCUUGUAUGUUGUUCCGCUGCAGCAGGACCUUGAUCUUACUCCUCUUCCAUCAGAUGCAGCUGAAUUUCAAACGAUGCCAAAGGCUUCUUGCCAGGUGUGCAAGGAAAGUAUGCCUCUGCAUAUCCUAGCACUCCAUGUCAACAAUUGUGUGAAGUCUCAGUCAACAGAAGAGGAAGAUGAGACUGAUGUCCAGCUUCUGUCUGUCAUGAAUUCACCAAGCUUUUGUAGAGAGCCUCUUGACAUGAAGCAGGACAUGAAAGAAUGCCCAAUCUGUCUUUGCUGCUUUCCAGUGAAUGAGAUUGCCCAGCAUGCAAGCCUGUGUGGUGAAAGACCUGAGGACACUUCCACUCACAUGACAGACGUUUAUGUCAGUACUGACUCUGAGUGCAGUGUGCCAAGCAACAGAACAGAUCCUUUGACUGAUUUAGUCAGUGAAGCAGAUGUGCUACAAUGGCUUUCAAGUCAGGUGGAUACCAGCAAAGACUUUAGGAUUUGCAUCACUCGGAAUGAUCUUGUUCAAAGAGGCUUCAUUCAGUGGCAACGACAGAAGAAGGGUUCCCCUGUCAACAAACUCCACGUGACUUUUAUCGGAGAAGCAGGAAUUGAUACUGGUGCAUUAAGCAAAGAAUUUUUGACUGAAAUGAUGCAUGGUAUUGAGACUCGACUGUUUGAAGGCAGUGGCAAGAAGGGAAAGAGUCCUGUCUACUCUAUCAGUGAUUUAGAAAAUAGUUUCUACAGAACUGCAGGAGAAGUGUUUUCAGUGAGCCUUGCACAGGGAGGUCCACCACCAUGCUUCCUGAGAAGCUGGUGUUAUCAGUUUCUUGCAACAGGAAACUUCGAUGCGCUUAAGCUGACCAAAGAUGAUGUGGAUGACACUGAAUAUAGGUCUCUAAUUGAAAAGGUGGAAGUGGCAGACAACCUGACAGACCUCACUGAAGACAUUGUGAGCUGUGGUUACACAGGACUUGUGAAGCUGGACAAACGGGACAGUAUAAUAAGAUCAUUUGUUGUGCAUGCUACGGUGCAUCUGACUCCAAUGCUACAGCAAAUCAGAACUGGCAUGAAGAUCUACAACCUUCUGGAGGUGAUUGGAAGGCACGAAAGUCUCUGUUCAAACCUGUUUGUUCCCAGAGAUGAGAAUGAUGAUACAGCGCCGGAUGCUGAUUACCUAAUGAGCAUCCUUGAGCCUGAGCUGAGUGAGAGGGGGAGUCCAAGGCAUGCCAAAGAAAAUGCCAUCAUCAACUUCUUCCAAGACUUCCUCGAGAAUCUUGAAAGCUCAGGUUUGUGCCGUCGGCCAGUUACUGAUCAGGAUAAAGACAAAAAGAGCUGUGAGUAUGGGAUCCAAGACCUACAGGACCAGGACCAGGAAGAACACUGGAGUUCCAAACACCAACCACCGAGAAUGUCUGUCCCAGCGAUUAUGCAGUGGUUAACUGGACAAAGACACAAACCAUGCCUUCCUUCAGAAAGGGCAAAUUUUAAAAUACAUGUAAGAUUUGAGCAUCAAUGCAAAGAUACGAUGCCUGAACACUACAUAUGUUACCCACUUGUAAGUGCCUGCACAAACACAAUCUUCUUUCCUGUGGCACACAUGAACUCAUACACAGAGUUCACAGAAGUUAUGACAACAGCUGUCACAAUGGGGAGAGAUUUCAGCCGUGUGUAGUUAACACUUGA